AUGCUUCGAUUGAUUCUGUUUUUACUUCAAGAGGUUGCUGCAAUUCAAAUUCCAUUAUUAUAUCCUUCAACAUCUCACAUUCAAUCAAACAAUAGGCUAUCAAAACGAUCACCCGUUGAAUUGGAUGGUGCUGUUACAAAAUGUUUCAUAAUGAAACUCAAUGUCAAUGGAGUUGAUCUAAACUUUAUAGUUGAUUCAGGAUCUUCCAAUUCAAUUGUACCACUUCUUGGCUUGAACCAUUACAAUGGACCCGUUUUGAAAUAUGUUCCAACAACUGAAGAUGUGCUUUCUGAUAGUUACUUUGAUGGUUCCUUUUGGAAAGGAGUGAGUUUUACAGCUACCGUAAGCAUACCAAAAACUAGCAUAUCUACUACUGAUGCUCCAGUAAUAGGAAUCUAUCAACAGUCGACAAGAUCACUUGUUCUCAACGAUCAAUGGAAUCAUGGAAUUCUUGGUAUUGCUUAUCCUUCCCUGACACAUUCCAAGAUAACAUCAGGAGCUACUAUAAUAGACUCGUUCUACACCAGUGGGUCUAUCAAAAAAAACGAAGUUGCCUUUGAGCUAUGUUCCUAUGAACUGUCCAAACAGAGUUACAUUGAUAUAGGCAAUACAGGCACAGUUUCAAAAUGUGGAACUGAUGGAUCUCCUGUUGUAUGGGUCGAGACACCCAUAUUGAACUUUUUGACUGUCAACAUCAAGAGUAUAUGGAUUAAUCAUCAGAAAGUACAACUACCCAGCACAUUUCAAUAUAAUCCUAGCGGUGGAAUCACCUUGUUUUCGUUUAUAGAUACAUGUGCUGCAAAAAUACUUCUUCCUCGUAUACUUGUGAUGGAAUUAGUCAACGAGAUGAUCAAAAGCCGUGCAUUUCAACCCCGUCCCAAUCUUCAAGAGCUUAAAUUAUUUUAUUUUCAAGAUUAUACAAUGAAAUUAAAGGAAUUUACUAUCGACUGGAAAAAGUUGCCAACGAUUUCGUUUUUAAUGUCUACAGGGACUGCAGCAUUACAAAAAAACCCUUCUUCCAUUGUGAACAUUACGCUAGGACCCAAAGACUACCUGCAAAAAGCUGGCCCUAAAGAAUAUGUAUUUGCUGUCGGUAUUGGAUCAGAUCAAAACGCGAUUCUUGGUAUAUCCUUCAUGACCCGACUUAGAAUUGUACUGGAUCGAAAGAAUGGACUUGUUGGAUUUGGUCCUGGGUGUGGGUGUGAAGCUACAACGGAUGGAUAUCCUGUCAUUGCAAACGAACACGGGGAAUUAUGGCAUCCGUCACGUUAG